AUGACACCUGUCAAUCACACUGACGUGCAUGAGUUCAUUCUCCUGGGGCUGACCACCCGCCCGGAUCUGCAGGUCCCCCUUUUCCUGGUUUUCCUGUCCAUGUACACAGUGACACUCCUGGGGAAUUUUGGGCUGAUUGCAUUAAUCAGGACUGAUCUUAACCUUCACACCCCCAUGUACUAUUUCCUUGGCCACUUGGCCUUUGUUGACAUUUGCUACUCCUCCAUCAUCCUCCCCAAAAUGCUGGUACAGAUCUUGAUGGAGGACAAAACCAUUGGCUUCUCAGAGUGUGCAGCCCAGCUGUGCUUCUUCGUUGUUUUUGGGGUCACCGAGUGCCUCUUGCUGGCUGUGAUGGCCUAUGACCGGUACAUGGCCAUCUGCAAGCCCCUCCUGUACCCCACCAUCAUGUGCAGAGCGACAUGCCGCUGGCUCGUGGCUGCUUCCUACGCCAUCAGCAUUGUGCAUGCGGUGACGCAUACCACUUUCAUCUUUACAUCCUCCUUCUGCCAGACCUAUGUCAUCAAUCACUAUUUCUGCGACAUUGCCCCGCUGCUGGCUCUCUCCUGCUCUGACACCCACACCUAUGAGCUGGUUGUCCUUGAGAAUCAAACUGGGCAAGUUACAGAGCUGACUCUUGUGGGACUCACGGACAACCCCAGGCUGCAGGCACCUCUCUUCGUGCUGUUCUUCCUCAUUUAUGCCAUAACGCUGGCAGGGAACCUGGGGAUGGUUGUGCUGAUCAGGAGCAGUGGCCAACUUCAGACGCCCAUGUACUUUUUCCUCAGCAGUUUGUCUCUCCUGGAUGCUUGCUACUCAACAGUGGUGGCACCAAGGGCUUUAGUGAACUUUCUGAUGGAGAAGAAAACUAUCUCCCUGGCUGGCUGCGCUGCCCAGAUGUUUUUUUUCAUAGGUUUUGGGACCACCGAGUGCUUCCUGCUGGCCGCCAUGGCGUACGACCGCUACGUGGCCAUCUGCAGCCCUCUGCUUUACACGGCCAUUAUGUCUCGACGGGUCUGCAUCCUGCUGGUGGCUGGCUCAUACGUCCUUGGGCUUCUGCACUCUCUGGUGCACACGGACUUCACCUUCAGCCUGUCUUUCUGCCAGCCAGCUGAGGUUGACCAUUUCUACUGUGGUAUCAUGCCUGUUCUAGCACUGUCCUGCUCUGACACCCACAUCAACAGGUGUUUGAUAUUCGGUCUUGGAGGACUGGUUGAGAUGGUGACCAUCCUGGCUGUCCUGGUCUCCUAUGCCUUUAUCCUCUAUGCCACCUCAAAGAUCAGCUCCGCUAAGGGCCGGCACAAAGCCUUUUCCACCUGCACCCCUCACCUGGCUGGAGUCACCAUCUUCCAUGGGUCUAUCCUCGCCCUGAACUUCCGACCAAACUCCAGUGAUGUCCUGAACACUGACAAGAUCUUUGCUGUGUUUUACUCUCUGGUGGUGCCCAUGCUGAACCCUCUGAUCUACAGCCUCAGGAACAGGGACGUGAGGAAUGCCCUGAAGGAGUUUGUCAUGUGGAAGUAGCUCCGGCACAAUCUCGAUCUUCUGGUUUUGUGAUAGAGGACUCCAUAACUUCACUUGAUGCCAAGAAUUUUUGUUUCCCUGCCUUAUGCUUGAGAAUGCCAGUUUUGGUUUCGAACAUUUGCAAAGAAUCAGUUUUCCAGAGAGGUUGUGCAGGCUCCCCCUUGGAGCCUCCAGAAACCACCAGGAAACGAUCCAGGACAACCUGCUCUGGG